UCUCCUCUCAUUCAUUUCUCAUUAUCUCAAUCUCAAGACCAUGUAUUCCCACAUCAUCUCCUUUCUCUCUCUCGCUACCCUCAUCACCACCACAUCAACAUCCCCAACCUGCACCCCACCACCCUCCACACCACCAUCGGCCUCCACACCGUCACCCCCAAUGACACCAUCGCCAGCAUCUCCAAUCUCCACUCCCGCGGCAUCUGCGACAUCGCACGUCUUAACCGCAUGGCCGACGCCACGCUCCCCCUCCUAACCGGCGAAAAGCUUCUCAUCCCACCCGAAACCUGCACCCCGGACAACUCCACCUGCUUGAUUCUCCCCAACCCUAGCGGCACCUACGCCGACUGCGUGUCUGGCGGCCCGCACGCCUACUACACCCUCGAGGGCGACACGAUCCGAUACAUUGCCCUGAAGUUGAACAUCACCGUGGCUGCCCUCUCCGCCACUGCGCAGGGGGUGUCACCGACCCAGAUGCCCCUGUGCAAGUGGGUAAUUUUCUCAAAGUCGCGCAGUGUAGUCCCAGUCGGUGCACGGUUGAGCCGUUGUUGUUUACGUACGGCACGUAUAAGGAUUUGGCGGAGAAGGUGGGAACGACCGUGGGACAGAUUAUGGGGUUGAAUCCGACGUAUAAUCAUACGGAUGCGGCGAGGGGGGAGGGGGCGGUGGUUACGUUGCCGGGGAGGUGUGAGGUGUUGGGU